GAAAUGACGUACUCGCUCGGUUCAAAUUUGCAUUUGCCUUGUAGGAAACUAAAACCAGCGGAUGUUCUCUGUAGAUCACUUCUGACAGCAAAACACAGAUCCGUGAGGGAGCAUUCCUGCUAUUAUGGGGGCUUUUCAUUCCGUACCGGAAGAUCAUCACUUUCGGGUUUUGUCUGAGAAGACAGGCUUUUCAUUGGAGCAGAUCAAGAUACUUCAUAAUCGCUUCAAGCAGUUAAGCCACAAUGACGAUGCGCUACGGAAAGAUGAUCUCAACACACUUCCAGACCUAGCAAGCAACCCAAUUCGAUCCCAGAUUGUAGCUGCUUUCUUUGACAGAAGAAACUUCCAGAAAGGAGGUGAAGGCUCAGUUCAAGAAAUUGGCUUUGAGGAGUUCCUCAUUGUCAUGUCUUACUUCAGAGCUCCUUCAGUGCACAUGACGGAGGAGCAGAGAGAAGAGAUAAGGAGGACAAAACUGCGUUUCCUGUUUAACAUGCAUGAUACUGACAAUGAUGGGACCAUAACACUGGAGGAAUACAAACAUGUGGUGGAGGAGCUGCUCUCCAAAAGUGGAUCACUCGGAAGGGAGACAGCCAAGGGCAUUGCAGAUGCUGCCAUGCUGGAGGUUGCUAGCAUUUCAGUGGGUCACAUGGGUCCAGAUGAAUUUUAUGAGGGGAUCACAUUUGAGCAUUUUGUUAAGAUUCUGAAAGGAAUAGAAAUUGAGACGAGGAUGCACAUCCGGUUCUUAAAUGUGGACACAACAAGUCUAUGCAAAUGAUGCCCUAUCAGCAACUGAUAUUUCAACUGAUAUUCCAAGGCACCAAUGAUAACUAUUAAGCUAAAGCUUAACACAAAGGUAAAUGGGUUAUUUUUGCACUUAAAAUAUAGCAUUAACUUGGCUAAGUACUGUUGCUGUGCUGAGGUAUCAUCAACUAAUAUACAGUGUAAUCACAGAGUAAAUUAAUUGAGUUUUAGGUGUGGCAUGCUUAAGUCCAUGGACAGUUGUCUCUUGACAUUUAGACAUAAAUAGACUUUGCAAGCACCACCUUGAAGAUCUGUGAUGAAUCGCUUGUAGAAUUGACUUAGUAAUUUAUCUGUUACUUUUGAUCUUUUCAAUUCUGGAGACCUGAAUGUUAUUUAAUUGUCAUGUCUACUGACCUGUCUAAAAAGCAAAGUAUGUACUUUAUUCAGGGGACAUAAUAGAUGUAGAAUAGCAAUAAAUUACCUUUAUCACUGUGAAACACACACAGAAAUGUGUGUGUGCGUGUGUGUAUAUGCGUGUGUAUAAAGUGUGUGUGUGUGUGUGUGUGUGUGUGUGUAUAUAUAUAUAUAUAUGGAUUAAAUAAUGUCAGAUAAUGUCCAGUGUCAUUUUGAUGUAUUAAGCACAUUAUAAACAAAUAUGUCAACAUGGUAUUUCCUUUAGUCA